AUGUCGUCCUCCGCUGUGGACACCGACCUCCGGAGGGCACAGGUCUCGAGUGCAAAGAAGAAGCUCAAGCAGUUUCGCGCAUCGCGGUCCAGUGUCCAUUCACCCACCAACUCUCAUGCGUCCCGAGCCUCUUCCUCAACGGCCGGCGUGCCGUUGAUCACAAGCAUGGUAGACAAUAAGACGGCUUCCAUGCCCAGACGCAUGCCCAGCUUCGCCAAGUCGGGUGGUUUGGAUGGCCCUGAUCUCGAUGCAACCAUCAAGCUCGACGCGGCGCCUUCCAAGCCACCACCACCACCACGACACGGUCGCAAGUCCAGCCGGCACCACCGCAAGAACUCGUCGUUUUCGUGGACCCCGCCACCACCAGCUUCUUCUGCUUCUUCGGGGCCGACUCGCCCAUCUGUGAUGGGAGUGUUUGACUCGGAUCUGGAUGCCGCCGAUGACUUUGUGCCCGACGACGACAUUCACAGCGAUGAUCGUGCGCCUGCGAGACGUGAGAUUGUCACGACGCCCAUGGACAACGAACUGGCCGACGCUCCACUCAUGGGCGGCGGCGACAAUGACAAUGAGACUGUCGCCAUUGCUCGUCUGUCUGCCUUCUCGUUUGGAGCAAAGGCUGCGCCAGGGGCUGCACCGCGUAUGCCUCUCCUGCCGGCCCUUCCGAUUCGCGAGCACCACCACCACCACUCCGCACAGAUCUCCAUCUCCUCCCCAACUUUCCCCUCGUCACCCGGCAGUCGCCCGCCAAGUCUUCUCCUGACAAAGGCGCCUGCCUUCCCGACGCUCGACCUUGCUGCGUUUCCUCCGCGUGACAGCUUAUCGGCGCCCAGGUCCCGCCCAACAUCACCGACAAGGAAGAGGCACUCGCACAACCGCUCAGAAUCAAUCUCCUUGCCAAACCUCAAGCUUGGUCGUCCCCAAUCACUUGGCCUCCCCUCCCCCAGCUUUCCUUCUGCUCCCAACUCGCCGUUUGGCGAUGUUACUCCUCGCUCAUCGUCGCGCCUCAGCACUCCCAUCAGCACGCGCCUCAAGUUUGAGCCCAGUGACAAAGAGAAGGAAGAGUCCCGCCGGCGGGCACUCGAUAAGCUCACGGGAGGAGGAGCAGGUGGCAGCAGUGGUGGUGCUGGACCUCGUCACGAGGAACCCAGGCACCAUGAGAUCACCCUCCCGGCUUUUGACGACGACGACGACCUGUCUGCGACGUCGUCGCGGCCACCAUCCAGCACGACCAUGCAUUCGACUGCUUCGUCCAGUCGUCCCACUUCCCUCAUCGUGUCGGGAUCGACAUCGUUCAACGGAUCCACAUCCCCUCUUCCCUGGUCGACCUUUGAAGAGACAGACCGCUGGAGCUUCAACUCGGCCAGCUUCAGCUCGGCCCGCUUUGACGCUGCCCCGAAAGAGGAGGCGCUCCCCCCUAGCAUUGGAGGUGUCGGCUUUGACCUGAACGCUGCAAACAAGACGUCGUCUGUGCUCAUCAGCAGCGGCCUGGGGGUGUUGGCAGAGGAGGACGAGACCGAGUCGGACGACGUUGCGGACGGCGAGACGGACACCAACGACUCUGCGAUGGCUGACGCACCGUCGCCGACCGACGACACCACGUCGGCGGCGGGACCCACGCCGUCUCGACUGCGAGAGCUCCACCUGGUGUCUUCCGUGUCCUCGGCUGGCGCCAGCCGCCGAGGCUCCAACCCCGAGGUCUUGCAGGCUUUUUCGAGGGCGACCGCGCAGUCCCGCGAGACGCCUACAAAGGGCUACAACAGUGCUACAGCACGUGGGCGUCCCCGUCCACUCGGUCUCGACGAAGCCACGUCGUUUCUGGCCAACUCUUCCCCUAGUCCGGUAAAGGGCGCGCGGCCCGUUAGCUUUCACGGCUCGUUUGGUAUCCCGCGUCGCGCAGGCUCGCGCAGCAGUUCGAUCUCAUACAAGAAGACGGACAACAGCAGCAACAGCGGCUCGUCGCGCGACUUUGGUUCAAAGGGGCCUGCCUCGCCCAUUAGUUCACCGACAUACAACACCUCGCCACUGGCAGAGUUCCAGAGCCUGCCACGCGCGGCCCCUCCUCGCGCAUGUCCGCGCCCCCGGAGCAUGGUCCUUGGCAUGGGCGGUACGUCUGGACGUAUCCUCGCCGAGGUCGACGAGACCGAGGAGGAGACCGAGUCGCACGGCCGUGUCAGCACCGAGGCCUCGCGCGACAGCAUGGACGGCCCCAUGUGGACCACCAACCUCCGCGACAGCCGCGACCGCAUCGACGCCGAGAUGGAGCGCGAUGCCUUGAGGGAAGACGUCGAGUUGUGGCGUAAGCGCUGCCGUGGACUCGAGGACAAGCUUGAAGCCGAGCGCCGGGAGGCAUCGCUUCUUCGGGAACGCGUCCGCAAGCUUGGCGACCGCCUCCUCAACGUCUCGUCAUCCCAUGCCCCGGCCCCCUCAGAGGAGCGUGCCAUUGCCCAGGCGCACCUCAUUGGUGAGAUGCGCGAGCAGCUGUUCAGCAUGGCCUCGGCCCUUGAGCGUGUUCGCCGGGAAAAGGACGAUGCUCUCGCUCGCGCGACCGAGCUUCAAGCCACGGUCGACGCCGUGCGUACGCCGCAAGUGUCCCCACACUCGCUGCCCACGACUCCCAAGUCGCGUCCUCGCCCCGCUUCGCUUGCCGCCGCAGUGGCGAUGACGCCUCCAGAGGCAAAGUACGCCGACGCAGAGGCCAAGUAUGCGGAUGCCGACUUUGCCGACGCCGACGAUGAAGGACCAGCUGCCCCCCAGGAGCUCCUUCGUCACCCCAACGACGAAGACCCAAACCUCCACCGCAUCCUCGGAUGGGGGUUCCCCAACGGUCCUGUGGACAAGGGUAGCCGCGAGAGCAAGCGCGAGUCGUUCUUUGGCCUGUCGCGUCCCCGCCCCGUCCAUGCCCCCAAGCACAGUGACGCUGGUCUCGGUCUCGCCUGGGCCAACUCGGCGCGGACCCCCGUCGACGGCGAGUUUGACCUUCCCCCCAUCGUCGUCGACGCGUCCAACCGCGACGUGAUCAUCCCCGUGUCGCCCUCGCGCGCGCCACAGCGCGCGACCGGCCGCGUUGUCUCGGAACCCACGCGUGCCGCCGAGCAGGCCGCGGACAACUCCACCCCGGAACGCCAGGCCGCUACCGCAGGUGCUGCCGCAAGCGCAGGCGCAGGCUUUGGCCUGUCCUUCCUCUCGGGCUACCUCUCCAUCCCGCGGUCCACCCCUCCCGUCCCGCGCAUCGCCAUUACGCCCUCGAGCGUGUCGCCCAAGAAGACGCUCCUCCACCUCGAGCGCGACGUGUUCAACGCGCGCAUCCAGCCCGUCAUCCCCGGCAGCCAGCUCGACUUCCGCCACUGCUGCAAGCGGUGUACCGGUGAGAUCAUCGAGUUGUAG